AAAAAAAAAAUAGUUUCUAUCAAAAUGAGCCAAACUUUUGAUAAUGGGGAAGAACAAGGCAACAUCGGAUUUACUGAAGGUGUUCGAAUGGAUGUUGGCAAUCCGGUUAUUCUCUUAGUAGGAAAAACAGGUGCGGGAAAAAGUACUCUGGGUAACUUGCUGCUUACGCAACCGCAUGAUGAAGGACCUUUCUACGUUUCAGCGGAUAUGGAAUCUGUCACGCAAGUAUGUGGUACAGCAGCUAUGUCAAUCGAUGGUAUUAAGUAUAACAUCGUCGAUACACCCGGAAUCUUCGACACUCAAAAAGUUACAGAUGAUGUGCUUAAAGAAAUCGCCAAUGCCGUCAAGAAAUGUGCUUAUGGAGUUAAAGCUAUCCUCUUUGUUUUUGAAGCAAGACGGUUUACUGAUGAACAGAAAAAUGUUUUGGAGGGAAUAAGGAGAUUUCUUGGAGAAGAAGCAAUCAAUUACAUAAUUGCUGUAUUUUCCCAUGCAACUAAAACGCAGAUUCGGGAUAGAAACGUUAUGCGACAAGCUUGGAAUUCUCCUGUUCGUUCAUUUAUUCAGGACAUAGAUAAUCGUUGGGGUAUCGCUCCGAACUCUGAUUAUUUUCCACCAGACGAUCCAGUUCAUAAAGCACGAUUAGGGGAGAUCAUGGCAUUCAUUAGUGGUAUGAGAGGUGUUUAUACUACUGAUCAACUUGAAAAGUCUAGGAAAGAACAAGAAGAAAUUCGACGUCAAAGAGAAGAGGAGGAAAAAAGGAUAAAGCAGGAAUACGAAGAGAAACUAAAAGAAACUGCAAAAAAAGAGUCUGAAGAAGCCUACAAACAGAAGAUUGAAGAUCUUAGACAGGAAUUUAGGGCGAAACAAGAAGAAGAAGAGAAAUUAAGGAGAAAAGAAAGAGAAGAAGCCGAAGAACGGUUUAAAAAAACGAUUGAGUCGAUUCAAACAGAGAAUAGAAUGCAACGGCAACAAGAUGAAAAUUUAAGAAGAGCAGAGCGAGAAGCAGCCGAAGAACGAUAUAUGAAGUCAAUUGAAAUGAUGCGACAGGAGCACAAAGAGCAGCAGGAAAGAGCUGAAACAAUGUUUAAUAAUAAGAUUCAAGAAGAAGAACGAAGACGUGAUCGAGAUGAGAAAGAUAGACGAGAAGAGCGAAAACAAGCUGAAGAAACCUAUAGAAGUAGAAUUGAGGAAGCAGAAAAGAACCUUAAAAAUCGAGAAAAUAAUGAAACUAUGAGAUUAAUGAAGGAAAUGCAAGAUCGUGAAAAAAAAGCAAAUUUAGAAUAUGCGAAACAAAUUGAAGAUUUGAGAAAAAAGAACGCGUUAAGUCAACAAGAACUUGAAAAAGCCAAAAAAAAAGGUUGCUUUUCUCUUGAUACCAAGGUGCAACUUGCAAAUGGUAAAUUUAUAGAAAUGGAAAAACUUCAAGUUGGCGAUCGCAUUUGCAGUAAUGUCAGAAAUGGAGAGUUGGAAAUUUCUGAAGUUUACCUAAUUGCUCACCUUGGCCAUUUUGAUCAUUCUCUAUCAAUGACGAAUAUUGAAUUCACAAGAUCAGAUGGACAAAAAGGCCAAAUUCGCACAACACCCACGCAUUGCAUUUUUCGCGAAGAUCUAUCAAUCUUAUAUGCUCAAGACGUAGUGCCUGGUGUGACAAAGAUCUUACUUUUGGACGAAACAAAUGAACUUACUCCUGUUGUUGUCGAUAAUUUGAUAACUGAUGAAGACACCGGAUACAUUAGUUUCUAUACACGUGCUGGUACUGUUAUUGCCAACAAUGUUUUGUGUUCAUGUUACGAUGAUUGCCCACAAUCGCAAACUUUGAUGGAUUUAGUAUUUGCACCAAUUCGUUUGUGGACUAAAGUAUUUCCCUCUAACCAUCGGCAGGAAGAACUUCAUCCAUACGCGAAAACUCUGGAACACAUCUAUUUUAAUUGGCUCAUCAAUGGUAAGAGGUUAUUGGGUCUUUCGUAGGCUAUGAAUAAAUAUAUUUCAAAAGACAUUUGUAAUUUCUUUGUCUUGUUAAUUCUUUUUCUAAAAUAUCAAUAAAGUAAAUAUUUUGCAACUUAAUC